AUCCAUAAAAUAAUUUAAACUCCUCUCGAAUAAGGAAAAUUCUUAGUGUAUAUAUAGACACAUAUAUAUGCUUAUCUCAAUACUAAGUUUAAGUUAUCCAUUCACAGCCGAAAAUAUGAGUGACUCAACGUAUGCAACCACUGCAAACAAUGAUCAAAAGAAACGUGAGACUGAGCUGGAAUUCUCACCGGAAGAAGAAGAUAUCAUUGCAAAAAUGUUUAGAUUAGUUGGAAAAAGAUGGCAUCUCAUUGCUGGAAGAAUUCCUGGAAGAACAGCUGAAGAUAUUGAAAAGUAUUGGAAUUCAAAGUUCUCUUCAUCAACUGCAUGUUAAAUGCUAUAUAUAGCUGUUAAUCUUUUGUCUAUGUACCAUUCUAUGUUACUUUUACUUUUUACAAUUAUUAUGCAUGCUUUGAGGUUGAGUAACUUCUUAUUUAUUUGUUGUUAUAAAGAUCCCUACAAUGGUAUCUUCAAAUAUGCAUGAUGUAAUAAAGUUCUGUUGUGUGAUUUUAUUUUUUUGGUCUGUGAUAAGUGAUUUUCUUUAACCCUGCGCCUUUUGGGGAAAAUGGCCUUGAUAGGUUUAGAGUUUGAUUUACACACAAAAAAAAAAAAAUUAGUGAUAAAUUUUCAUCUUUUAAUUAUUUAAUUUUGUAAAUGGUUCCCCUCAAACAAGAUUAAUUUUCUUUUUAUUUGUUUGAUGACCAACUAAGAUAAAGACGAAUAAGAUAAAAAAAAUUAGAGAUAGGUAUACAUGAGGAAGAUAAAGUUUCAUU